CACAACCCCAUUCAAUGAUCAACUCUAGUACUGUAUGCAGUCAUGGAUGAUCAUUCCCGCCUCUACAUUGGCACUGCUUUUGUCGCAGGUGUUCUCUUGACCAUUGGUCUUAAAGACGUGGUGUAUCCUGAGCUGGAACACCGCAUUCAGGAAUAUUUAGCUGCUCGCCGUCAAUCCCAACCCGCGACAGACUCCGCUGAUGUCUCCGCCGAUACUCUCAUCGCAAGACCUGGUCCACCAGCCAUUGUAGAAGGUAUUGAGGGCUGCAUCGGAAAUACUCCUUUGUUCCGCAUCAAGUCCUUAUCCGACGCGACUGGUUGUGAGAUCUUGGGCAAGGCCGAGUUCUUGAAUGGAGCUGGGCAGAGCUCUAAAGACCGGGUUGCGCUGAGCAUGAUCGAAAUCGCCGAAGAGCACGGUUAUCUGAGACCUUAUUCAGGAGACACCAUCUACGAAGGCACAUCCGGUUCUACAGGAAUCUCUUUAGCCUCCUUGGCCCGAGCGAAGGGCUACCUGGCCCAUAUCUGCAUGCCGUCCGACCAGGCUAUCGAGAAGUCUAACCUUCUAUUGAAGCUGGGUGCCAUAGUGGAUCGCGUCCCACCCGCACCCAUCGUCGAGAAAGACAAUUUUGUCAACCGCGCACGCUUCCUUGCGCAGGAACAAACUGCAUCCUCCACCACCAGCGGCAGAGGGUUCUUCGCGGAUCAGUUCGAAAAUGAGGCCAAUUGGCGAGCCCACUUCAAUGGCACAGGGCCUGAGAUCUAUGCUCAGUGUAAUGGCCAGCUGGACGCCUUCAUUGCAGGUGCUGGAACUGGCGGCACGAUCUCUGGCGUAGCGCUUUUCCUGAAGCCGCGAAUCCCCAACCUCAGCGUGGUCCUAGCCGAUCCUCAAGGCAGUGGGCUGUACAACAGAGUCCGUUAUGGGGUCAUGUUUGAUGUGAAGGAAAGAGAAGGCACUAGACGACGUCGGCAGGUGGACACUAUUGUCGAAGGCAUUGGUAUCAACCGAGUGACGGCUAAUUUCGAAGCGGGCAAAGAAUUGGUCAACGACGCUGUCCGAGUGACGGAUGCGCAGGCUUUAGCAAUGGCUAGAUGGCUGGUGGAGAAGGACGGGUUAUUCCUUGGUAGCAGCAGUGCGGUCAAUUGCUUUGCCGCAGUCAAGACAGCGAUGAAGCUUGGCCCAGGGCAUAGAAUCGUGACGGUCCUUUCCGACUCCGGGUCAAGGCAUCUCUCGCGAUUCUGGGCAAAAGCAGGGGAUGUUGGUGGCGCGGUUGACACCAGGCUCGAAGACGUGCUGAACGCCACGGACGAGCAGGAGGCUUGA